CCUUUUUCUUUUGGGCGUCAUUCUGUAUUGGAUAUGGAAAAGAAAAAAAAAAAAAACUUGCCAUACUUGUUUCUCUCUAGUCCAAGCUGCGCAAAUAUGGCAAUUCCUACCGAUUAGCAACUUUCCCUUCCAAAUCCCAGAAUUUGAAAAAAAGGUAGCCGUUGGAAGAAGAAUUUUCUCCAUUGCUAAUGCAAUACAAAUUCUCCUAUAUAUUAUCUCUAAUCUUGAUUAGAUUUGAUUCUUCAAGAACAAGAUAUAUUGAGAGAAUCCUUUGUUGGUUGAAUAGAUAUUUGAAUCAUGAAUUCUGGUCGUUGUUCUGCUUGUAGAUAUCUAAGAAGAAGAUGCCCUCCCGAUUGCAUUUUCUCCCCUUAUUUUCCAUCCAAUAAUCCCCAGAGAUUUGUUUCUAUUCACAGAAUCUAUGGCGCCAGCAAUGUUGCAAAAUUACUUCAGCAACUCCCAACCCAUUUGCGAGCUGAAGCAGCAGACUCUUUAUACUUCGAGGCACAAUGUCGGGUUGAAGACCCUGUGUAUGGCUGCGUUGGGCUCAUAUUUCUGCUGCAGCAACAAUUACACAAUGCAGAGAGCCAGCUAGCCAAGACCCAGGCUGAGAUUGCAGUUCUGAAAUCUCAAGCCCAACAUCCCCAAACUCAACAGGUUGAAGCCGAACCUGAAUUCAACAAUUUCUUGCAACAACAAUUAGACAAUGCUGCCGACCUCAACUUCUCCAAUCAGGGUUCAUCUGGGUUUAUGUAGGAUCGUGGCGUUUCAAAUUAAUGGGGUGAAUAGCACGAAACAAGUUAGUCCUUUGAUACAGGAAUAAAAUAAGCGAGUGGAA